ACCGGCGAAAACGACGAUUUGUGCUUCAGUGUAGUUCACUCUUUAUAUCAGACUCUGUAGUUCAUUGUGACUUUCCCACGAUGCAUAAGUUUGCUGCAGCAUACCGGAAUAUUUUCUUGCCAAAACCUGUGAAACCACCUUUCCUCCAUGUUUGUCAAGUUGGUGACCCUGUUUUGCGAAGUAAAGCCUUGCCUGUACCACCUGAAGAUAUUCCCAAACCAGAAACAAAGCAGGUUAUAUCACAAAUGAGGCAAGUAAUGAAGACAUAUGAUGCAGUAGGCCUUGCUGCCCCACAAAUUGGUGUUCCACUCAGAAUAAUAACUUUGGAGUUUUCUCCAAAACGCAAGAAGGAGUUUGGAGAGGAAGUUUAUGCUGCACGAGAAAUGUCCAUUCUUCCCUUCACAGUAAUCAUCAAUCCACACAUGGAGAUUUUAGAUUAUAAAAAGGUUACAUUCCCUGAAGCCUGUGAAAGUCUCCGGGGCUAUAGUGCUAUGGUACCAAGAUUCAAGGCUGUAAAACUUGUUGGACAGGACCAGUCUGGUGAAGAAUUGGAACUGGAAACUAAAGGAUGGUUAGCGAGAAUAAUACAGCAUGAAAUGGAACAUCUUGAUGGAAAGCUUUAUAUAGACUCCAUGGAUGUUAAAAGCUUCCAAAAUGAUGCUUGGCAUAGAAUAAAUGUACAUCAAGGAAGAGUCCAAAUACAGUUUCAUAAAAAAUAAGUGAUACAGUAAUUCAUAUGUUGUUUUGUAAAUACAUUGUUUUAUUUAAA